GACCCUGCUCAGCCCUGGAGAGGGGCGUCCCAAGCCGAGGGGCGGAGCGGCGCAUGCCCACAAGUCCGCCGCGGGAAGUAGGAAAUCAACUGUACAGGUGGUGCGCUUCGAACCCGGCCAGGACAUGUGCUCCGCGGCCGGCCUGGCGCGCCGGUUGCGGGAGGCGCUGCGGGAGGAGGAGUCCUGGGCGGUGGAGGAGCUGCUGCGCCGCGGGGCUGACCCUAAUCUGGUGCUGGAGGACGGCGCAGCGGCCGUGCACUUGGCGGCCGGAGCCAGGGACCCGCGCGGCCUGCGCUGCCUCGGGGUCCUACUGCGCCGAGGCGGGGACCCCAACGCUCGAUCUGUCGAGGCGCUGACACCGCUGCAUGUGGCCGCCGCCUGGGGCUGUCGCCGCGGCCUGGAGCUGCUGCUGAGCCACGGAGCUGACCCGGCGCUGCGCGACCAGGACGGACUCCGGCCGCUGGACCUGGCCCUGCAGCAGGGACACGUGGACUGCGCGGGAGUCCUGCGGGAUCUCCACACGCGGACCGGGACCCGGACGAUCGGGGCAGAGACCCAGGAGCUGGAGCCUGCGCCUGGCACCCCGGGCCUCUCUGGACUUCCCGAUAAGACGCUGGACUCCAUCGCACAACAAACGCAGCCAUGCAGAGGUGACAACAGGGACAUGGGCUUAGAAGCUGACCCCGGACCCCCCAGCCUCCCCGUUCCCCUUGAAAUUGUGGACAAAGAUGGGAGCUCAGCAUCCCCUCCAGGGCACUGGGAUUGCGGUUCCGACGCCUCUUUCGUCACUGCAUUUGAGGUCUCUGGAGCCGAGGACCCAGCCUUGGACACUCCCCCCUGGGCUGGUUCAUUGCCACGGACCAGGCAGGGGCUCCUGCAUGUUGUCCGUGCCACCCAGAGGGUACCUAGUUUUCAGGACACAGAGGCAGAACUGAAUACCCGUCUGCAGGCGCUGACUCUGACCCCACUAAAUGCUGCCGGCUUCCAGUCUUCCCCCUCCUCCAUGCCUCUCCUGGACAGCACGCCGGCUCGUAGCCCCCCACACACACCACCCCCUGGAGCCUCUAACUGCCACUGCUUUCGGGAGGACAAGGCAUCCAUUGAUAGUGACAUGGCCACGCUCUGGCUGACAGAGGACGAGGCAAGCUCUCCAGGUGGCAGGGACCCUGUCGCCCCUUGCCAGCACCUGCCAGUGCCUACUCUGUGUGACCUGGAGUUGCCGCAAGGGCUUCAAGCGCUUGGUGAGAAUCCGGGCCCCGUCACACCCUUCCCUCGGCAGUUCUACCUCCAACGGCUGCAAGAAGCCCAGAUUGCCCCUGGCCCAGACUUUGCAGGGCACAGCCUCGAACUGGCCGCAGCCCUGCAGACCGGCCGUAUUCCAGAUGCCCAGGCAGAUGAAGACGCAUUGGUCCAGCAGUUUGAGCGGCCAGAUCCUGCCAGGAGGUGGCGGGAGGGGGUCGUGAAGUCUAGCUUCACGUAUCUGCUGCUAGACCCCAGGGAGACUCAGGAUCUGCCAGCGCGAGCCUUCUCACUGACCCCAGCUGAGCGCCUUCAGACCUUCGUCCGUGCCAUCUUCUACGUGGGCAAGGGGACAAGGGCCCGGCCGUAUAUCCACCUCUGGGAGGCCCUCGGUCACCAUGGGCGGACAAGAAAACAGGCCUGCCCCAAGGUGCGUCACAUCUUGGACAUCUGGGCCAGUGGCUGCGGCGUCGUCUCCCUGCAUUGCUUCCAGCACGUGGUCGCUGUGGAGGCUUAUACACGGGAGGCGUGUAUUGUGGAAGCCCUAGGGAUCCAGACGCUCACCAACCAGAAACAAGGGCACUGCUAUGGAGUGGUGGCAGGCUGGCCACCUGCUCGUCGCCGGCGUUUGGGGGUACACCUGUUGCACCGCGCCCUCCUUGUCUUCCUGGCUGAAGGCGAGCGACAGCUUCGUCCCCAGGACAUCCAGGCCCGGGGCUGAGUGCUGCAGAAUUGGCCAUCCAGCCUGGGAAGAGAUGUUAGAAUGUUCCAGCUGCCCCAUGCUGACAGCAGCCCCCUUCUCUGGUUUCAGAGGGAUGUGUGUGUGUGUGUGUGUGUGUGUUGCAGUGAGCACCAGGGCAGAUCUCCCCCAGGCUGAGGGAGGACUUUGUUACAGAUGUUACUGCUGGGGAGGUAAUGAGUAGUGAGCUCCCCAUCAUGGGAGGAAGACAAGUAGGGAAGCAGAAGGUGCUUUGGAACAGUCAGUACUUAUGUCAGGGGCGUUUGAACCUGGGCCACUCCAUCUUGAGUAGGAGCUGGGUGAAAUAAGGCUGAGACCUACUGGGCUGCAUUCCCAGACGAUGAGGGCAUUC